UUAUUUUUUACGGAGUCCAGGGGGGUCACUCUGGUCGACUGAUUUGGAAAUUGUUUUGUUUUAAAAACGUAAGAAUAUGGCUGAAUCCUCGAACAUACAUGUCAAACUGGAGCAGCAGAACAUCAAGGAGCGCUUGAAUUUGCACGUCAAGCGGCGCUUGCAGCAGGAUGCGGAUAAUCCCAUCGAGAGCCCCGAAUUAUUGCCAAGUGAUCCCAAUCCUAAGCGCAACAAGGUAAAAGAUGUUUCAAAGCCUCGAAAACCCUACCAAAAGCGCACAGAAAAACCCAAAACAGAGGCAACGAAGUGCAAGAAAGUUGGACAACUAGGCAGUCCGGCGGCGGAAGCAGAUCCCCUGGAGGAACAGGAACCGGAGGGAUAUUCUCCGGAGGCGACGGAUGGCAAAUCUGUAAAACGGGAUUGUUGCAAAAACGCCGACAUUUUAAACAUGGUUUUGAACGUUAAAAAACGCAUUCUAAUGCAGGAUCCCGAGGUUCAGGCCUUCUGGACCGAAAUAACGACUGCCAUUAAGAGCUAAAUGAAUGAAACUGUUCCUAAACGCGGUCGCCAAUCAGGUUGUAGAUAUAAAUUGAUGUUAUGUUAAUAUUGAAUAUAAGGGUUUUCAAUAAUAAUGUGUAAGUUAAAUGUUAAGUUAUGCUUUUCAAUAAAAUGUGAUAAAAUGGAAUGAAA